ACUUUAAGAUGCACCAAACGAAACUCAAGUAUUUGAAAGUUGCCGUGCAGCCAACAAAUAAUAAUAACUAAAAUAUUUCUGAUCCUUGAGUUGUGAUUUCUGCUAAAAAAGGUUUUAUGGAAAUCUGUUUUUGUUUGGGCAUGAAACCAUGAAAAUGCGUCAACAUUUGGAGAAAAAUCCGCAAUUCUGAUUUUUUUCUUCCUAAAAUCAAAAUGGUUCAGCCGGUUAACAGCCUCUUAAACAAACCCCUACUGUCACUCUCCCUUGUAAUUGACAGCGUUUCCUUUCUAGCUUCUUUUAUUUUGGCAGUACUUCUCUUUACAAAGGUUACAGAAAAGUUCUCAACAAACGUUGAUCACAAUCUACCCUUGUACAUGGAAGACAAGCUGAACCAGUUCUGUAUGGUGUCGUUAGUUGGUGCUAUUGUACUGACAAUAUUUUGCCUAGGUAGUUUGGUCUGCCUGCUAUUCUCUCUAUGCCUACUACUGCCUGAAUGGAGCCUGCCUGCUGCCUGUAUAAAUGUAAAAAGGCUUGCUAUAACAGAAUACCUGCAGACUAUUUGUCCACCUGAGGAGAAUAUUCCAGUUCAAAGACAUCAAGUUAUAACUCUCAACUCUCUCUAUUCAUAAUUAUUGAUGAAAUGUUUAAAAUGUAAACUUUUUGUUCCCAGAACUCAUUAAAUCACAUAUUAAAUACAAUAAACAAAUCAUGAUCCAA